GCAGUCUCCUUGAAUCGUAGGUGGCGCUAAUGUCUGUUUCAUUCCACACAUAAUAAGAGGAAGACGCAUUCAUCUCCAGUGUCGUAUUAAAACAUUUCGAAAAUAAGUUGUGAUGGCGGAGUGCGGCUUGUGUGGAAACUCUUUGCGGUUGGUGCUACUUGGGAAUACUGGAGUAGGAAAGAGUGCAGCAGGAAACGCCAUCCUGGGCAAAACACAGUUUAAAUCUUCACUCAGUCCCACCUCAAUAACAACGGUGUGUGAGAGGGGAGAAGAAGAAGUUGCAGGGAGACGUGUUGUUGUGGUCGACACUCCAGGCUUGUUUGACACAAAGCUCCCCAGUAAGGAAGUUCUAAGUGAGAUGGUGAAAUGCAUUCAGAUGUCCUCUCCGGGACCCCAUGCUUUCCUCCUGGUGAUAAAGGUGGGUCGAUACACUGAGGAAGAGCAGAAAACUAUGCAGAUAAUCCAGGAGAUGUUUGGUGAGGAUGCUUUGAAAUACAUGAUGGUGCUUUUCACUCAUAGGGAUAGUCUGGAUGAUGAACAAAUUGAGGAUGUUGUUAACAACGAUCCCACAGGCUUCAAGAAGCUGGUAGAGUUGUGUGGGAACAGGUUUCAUGCAAUCAAUGGAAAAGACCUAAAGGAUCGGGAGCAGAUCUACAAACUUAUGGAGAAAGUAGAGAACAUGGUGAAAAAAAACAACAUCCCCUUCUACGCCAGCGAGUUCUACGAGCAGAGAAAGGAAACUGAAGCGAAACACCAGAAGGAAAUUGAAGAUCUUAAGAAGAAGAAUGAAGAGGCAAUGGAUGAUCUUAAGAAGAAGAAGAAUAAAGAAAUUGAUGAUCUUAAGAAGGAGUAUAAAAAGGCAAUUGAAAAGUUGCAACAGGAGAAAGGAUGUUGUAUAUCGUAGCAUUGUAGAUUGUAAGAUCCUUUCCAAAGAAUGAAAUGGCUCCUUCUUAUGCCAAUGACCACUAAUGUCCUGCCUUGUGUUUCUAUUACUAAGUGUACUCAGAAUUCACAUCAAAACGCCGCGCCCGUUGGAUACUGGAAGGUGAUACCAGUAACAGGCUGGUUUUAUGAUCCAGACAAGGCAGUAGAAAACAGAGUUCUUUGACAUUCUGUUCGAAGCCAUUUACUAAAUCAUUCUAUUGAAACUUGCAACUAAAUUGGCUAUUACAGUAUAACAUGAGCACUCUGCAGUCGUCACUCAGCAGUGAAUAGUCAAAAUCCUAUUGCCCUCUGGCAUCAGAAGUUUAAUAAGACAGAUAUUGACUGCCGUUUUCACCUUAUAGAGGAUAACUGUUUCCUGUGGGUUUCAAAAGGUGACAUUUGUUGAGCAAUAAAUUAUAACUGAUUGAUUUCUGUGCUGUUUAAUAAAUGUCACACUGUUCCAAUAUAAAUUCAAUCACUGUGCAGUGUUUGAUUUCUGUGCUGUUUUUGACACAUGGUUUACAGAACAAAAGAUGGUCUCCUUUAGAUUGCUGGAUGCCCACUCAUCUUGUGAGGAUCUCUGAUACACAGUUAGUAGCAAUUUAUUAUCAUUA